GGAAGCCAGAGCGGGCGAAGUUUGGCCCCUGCGAGGCGCCGCGGCGGCUGUGCCCGGCCCAGCUCUUUCCCUCGCCGCCCCAGCUUCGGCUGCCAUGGCCGCGGAGGACUCCGGCUCGCUGGCCUGGUCCAUCGACAGGGAUGAUUACGAGCUGGAGGAGGUGAUCGGGAGUGGAGCAACAGCUGUGGUCCAAGCAGCCUCUUGUACCCCAAAGAAGGAAAAAGUGGCAAUUAAGCGGAUCAACCUUGAGAAAUGCCAGACCAGCAUGGACGAGCUCUUGAAAGAAAUUCAAGCGAUGAGUCAGUGCCACCAUCCAAAUAUCGUCUCUUACUAUACUUCUUUCGUGGUGAAAGAUGAACUUUGGUUAGUGAUGAAGCUCCUAAGUGGAGGUUCUGUUCUGGAUGUGAUCAAGCACAUUGUAGCCAAAGGAGAACAUAAGAAUGGCGUCCUGGAUGAGCCUGUAAUAGCCACAAUCCUCAAGGAAGUUUUGGAAGGACUGGAGUACCUGCAUAAGAAUGGGCAAAUCCACAGGGAUGUGAAAGCUGGCAAUAUCCUAUUGGGAGAAGAUGGGUCAGUCCAGAUUGCCG